GCCAAAGGCUAAGGUCCCCUCCGAGUCUCAUUAACACUUGAUAAACAAAACAAAGAAAAAGAAAAAGAAAAACCCAAAAAAACAGAGAGAGGAAGAGAGAGCGCGAGCACUUCUGAGUCUGUUUCGAUUUUCGUUUCUUCCAAACAGUUUUCAAACAACACAAUCAACAUUUGUUUCGUACUUAACCCUAACCUAACCCCUAAACUCCCUCGCUCUUUCUUGUACCAUCGCGUAAUUUCGCUCACAUUCGGAUCCAUUCAUUUCUUCUCCGAUCCAUUUCUCUGGUUAUCGAACAUUCUAGCCUCCAUUUAUUUCUGGUUUCGCCAUUAGGGUUCUGUCAACCGUUCGAUUGAUUUCACUCAGAAAUUAGGGUUUCUGCGCUCGGUUUUUUCUUCGAGUCUCUCGAUUCGAGUUCGCCAAUUAGGGUUUCCGCGAUGCCGCGCAGCUCAAAACACAAAUCUAGCAAGCACAGCUCGAGGGACGCGAGGGGGCGCCGCCGUCAAGCCGUCGAAGGAUUCAAGCUCCGCCGAGAAGCGGAGGCUGGAUUCGAGAGGUGACGGAAAGGAAGUUCACGGCUCCGGCAACGGGGAUUACUCCGACGAGUAUGCUUCAUCUUCGAAGCGCCGCAAGGAUGGUGGAGGGGGAGAGCGGUGGAACGGAGGCGAUGAUGACCGCGGAGAGGGGUCGAGGAAGUCAAAGGCUGUGUCGGGAGAUUCGAAAAGUAGGAGGAGGGAUGGGAGUAGCAGUGGAAAGGGCGAAGGGAAGCACAAGGAUUCGUCUUCGGGGCGGAGAGAGAGCAGGGAAGGCUGGUCGGAGAAGGAGAGGAAGUCCAGAGGAGAAGGUAGGAGCGAGGAUUCGGUUGAUGAGGAAGAACAGCGCGCGCCAAAGCAUGGGUUUGAAAAUAAUGACUCAAUGAAAAUAGAUGAUCUGCAAAGCCCUGAACUGGAUAACCAGCUUGAGAGGAGAAUGAGGAAGAAAAGGGAUGAAUAUGGUGAUAGUGAUAAGCACCAAGAUGAAAUUGGAGAUGGUUAUGACAGGCAUUUGUCCUCUAGAGAUGACAAAGAUGGAAAGAAGAAGGAUGAUAGGAGAAAAGAUGAGAAACAUAGAGACAAGAAUAGGGAUGAGAUGGAAAGGGAGAACAAACAUCGACAUGAAAAGCAACGAGAUGAGCGCCCUUCAAAAGAUCAUAAUAGCAUUAGAUCUGAUGAGAAACAUGGUAGGGAAGAGAAGCAUAAUUUAGAAUCACGACAAAAGAGAACCAAGCUUCCAGAGAGUGACCGGAACCAUUAUCGUGAUCGUGAUGCGGACCGUGAUUCAGAAUCUGUUCGUGAGCGUGAGCGUCACAGUGAACGGGAAUCUGAUCGCGAUCGUGAUUAUGAUCUUGACAGAGAUCGUGAUUAUGACAGAGAUCGAGAUUGGGAAUGGGAUCGUGAACGAGACAGAGACCAUGAUCGUCACCGUGAUCGUGAUGGGUCACAUGUGGAUGACAGAACUGGCAGAAGCAAAGAGGGUGGGACAAAGAAAAGAACUUUGGAUGAUCGUGAUGGUUAUACUGAUUCUAAAUCUAGAGUUGUUAAGAGCCAUUAUUCUGAUGCUGAGAAGAGGAGUUUGAGCAGCAGUAAAGCUGAUUCUGAUGUAGACAGGGGAAGAUCCCAACCUCGGCAAACUCAUCCUGAUUCAAUUGGGACUAGCAAUAGACACAGAUCACCUAGCACGCACAUUGGCAAGGAUGAACAUAGAAAUGCAAGUGGUGAAGAUUCAAAGUAUAGGGACUUAACAAUGGAACAGAGAACCAAAGGCUCAAGAGAGGUUUACUCUGGGAUGUCAGAGAGAGGCCCUAAAUACAAAUUAAUGGAAAAACCCAAUAAAAUGGAUGAAGGUUCUGUAGGAGACCUGCCAACUGAAAGGUCUUCUAGUGCCAAGGUUUCACCCAUGGGACUGAGAGAAAGAUCUCCUUCAUCUACAAGCAUUGAGCGCAGGUAUCCUAAUAAAAGCAAUGCUAAGCGAAAUCAUGAAACUGAUGAAAGUGGAAGGAAGAACAGUGUUGAUGAUGAUAGACCUGGUCGGGAGUCGACUGUAGAGAAAUCACUAUUGGAUGAGCCAUCUCAAGCAGACUCAUCUUUAUAUGGAAGGACCAGUCAAAGCAAUUCGUCAAUGAUUCCACCUGCACCUGCCUUUAGGGCUGCGUUAGAGAGACCAUAUAUGGGUUCAUUAGAUGAUGAUGUUAGAGAUAACUCCAAUAAUCGAUACAGAAGAAGUAGUGAGCCUGGUUUUGGAAGAUUGCAUGGUGGCAAUUCAUGGAGGGCAGUACCAAACUGGAAUUCACCUGUACCGAAUGGAUUUGUUCCAUUCCCACCUGGGCCAGCACAUGGAGGUUUUCAAGCAAUGAUGCCACAGUUUACAUCUCAGCCUCUCUUUGGUGUUAGGCCUGGAAUGGAGGUUAACCAUGCAGGCAUUCCUUACCAUAUUGCUGAUGCUGAUAGAUUUCCAGGUCACUUGCGUCCACUUGGGUGGCAGAAUUUGAUGGAUGGAGCCGGACCUGCUCAUUUGCAUGGAUGGGAUGGUAAUAAUGGUGUCUUCAGAGAUGAUCCUCACAUGUACGGUGGUUCUGAUUGGGACAGGAAUAGACAUUCAACAAAUAAUCAUGGAUGGGAAGCUGGUUCGGAGACUUGGAAGGAACAAAAUAUUGACUCGAAGAAGGAGUUGCCUUCCCCAGCCUGCAAAGAUGAAUCAGGUCCACCCCUGAUUGAUAAUGGUUCGACUGAUCAGACUACUCAGAUGUCUCAUGAUGAACCCAACAAGGAUGAAUUUGAUGAGAAACCUCCUGGGACAAAGUUUUCCAGCCUCAGUUCUCCAGCAAAAGUUACUGUGAACAUGGCUGGUCUUGAAAAUGUGCCUGAUGUUUCAACACCAACACCAAGUGACAAUACCUCUCUUUUGAGCCGUUUCUACCUUUCCAAGCUUGACAUUUCAGUGGAGUUGGUUCAGCCAGAUUUGUAUGACCAGUGUAUGUCUGCUCUAAAUGUUAACAAGAAUGCACCGGUUGAUGCAGACGCUAGUACAGAACUGUCCUUGAAGAAUGCUUCUGGAGCACGACUGAAAUAUUCAGCCACUAUAUCAAGGCAUUUUCCUUUCCCAGUAAUUGAUAAUUCUAUCUUCCAGAAAGCAAUAGACCUUUACAAGAAGCAGAGGGGGGUGAAACUGCCUAAUGGGAACGCGGUAGAUAUUGCUGCCGAUUCCAACCAGAUGCAAGUGGAUGAGUCAGUUCCUAUUCCCAGUUUAGAGGAUAGGCAGGUUUCUGUAUCAGCUUCUGAUGGAAAAAAAGAUAUGCCGAUCCCGACAGAAGAACAAGAGAGAGUAGAAAUCCUUUCUUCUCCAAAGGAGCAUCUGGAAGAGAUCAAUAAUACCAGCAGUCAAAUGGAGCAAGAUGAUGACGGUAUCCACCACUCUUUAAACACUGGCAUGUCUGGUCCAUCUGCAGAGCUUGAGAACCAAGAAGCCUUAGCUGGUUCCUGUGAAAAAGAGGAAAAAAUCACCUCUGAUAAUGCCCAUUCCGGAGAUGCGAAUGAAAAUCAAAAUCACUCCAUUGCAUCUGAGAAUGAAGCUCAGCCAACUGCCACUUUGCUUGAAGAUGGUGAUGAUAUGAAUAGCGAAGUUAAAUCUGUUGAUGCCCAUUGUGCAGAUGAAAAACUGAGCUUUGAUGAUACAAAGGUUAAUCCCUUAAAUUUUGAGGAUAGGUCCCCCAAAGCUUGUGAUGCUUUGAUGCCCGGUUCAAAUGAGUCUGAGUCGCUAAUUUUAAGCCGGAUACAUCAUUCUCCUGAAAGUACACAUUGAGACAAUUUCUUUAUCUUCUAUUGCUUUUUAUCCAUUAGGUUUAAUUUCAUCCCCUUUUAUGUUGCUUCUAUUUUGAGCGAGAAAAUAAAAGGAAAUGCAAUUCCUGUUCCCCUA